AUGGGGAUUCCAUAUUUAACGCGACAUCUCGCUUCCUUUUCGAAAUCGACUCUUCUAGGGACCGGCCAUGAUCCCUCAUGCGAGACUAUAAAGUCCGUAGUCAUUGAUGGCCCCGGACUUGUACAUUAUGUCCACUCGGUGUUGUUGUCACAAGCCAGUAACAGUUUAAACCAAGUGGAACGCCAACCCAGCUGUGAUGAAGUCAGUGUGGCGGUUAUGACCUACCUCGUUCUGCUGCAGGUAUCAAGUGUAAAUAUACUGAAAGUAUAUUUCGACGGUGCUCUACCCCUGAACAAAAGGGAGACUAGGUUGUCAAGACUGGAGGCCUCGAGAAAACAACUAGAGACAUUUUGCCUAAGUCACCGGGAGGGUUUUACAUGGUGUCCUAUUGAACGUCAGUUCCCAGCGAUUAAUCCCCUGAGACUCUUUCAGGAUGGCCAUAUCCCCAUAAAGCGUUCCCUGUUGCCAGGAAACCCCUUUAUGGUAUCUGCUGUAGCCGAGGAUCUGAAGUCAAGAUGGACUUGUUCAGAAAUGCACUCGUACUUACCUGAUUCUCUGAAUGGCAUAUACGAAACAACCGACAGUCGUCUUCCCUGGUCAGAUAUCGUCGAGAUCAUUCCCGGAGAAGCUGAUGGAUUCUGUGCUGCUCUAGCGGCUCAAAAUCCCGGCACGGCUAUACUAACGAGCGACUCUGAUCUUUUUCUGUUUGACCUUGGACCUGAAAGUGCCAUUAUAUUCUUCGAUACAGUUCGAAUGGAACAUUCCGAGGAUAAGACUGACCCCAAAAUUGAGUCACCGGUGACCAUAAGAGCAAUGAAAUAUUGUCCGGCCUCGAUUGCAGAUCGAUUAGGAAUUCCUGCACUACCUUACCUCGCCCAUGAACUGAACCAGAGUCCCCGAUCAAGACUUGCCGAGCUUGUCCGCCGCGCAAAAAUUGCUUCAGACUUGAAUCCUAAGACGCCAACCUAUCUCACAUUUCUAGAAGAAUAUGACUUGAAAUACCUCCUCCAAUAUGACCCAUCAGAGGCACAAAUAUUACAACAUCUCGACACAAGGAUCUCUGAAUUAUUUGUGCAAUGUUUUUGGACUGCCAAAUUCCAGGACAAACACCAAGCUCCUCGGAUAUACCUACCUUUCCUAGUGGAAGAUCAUUCGCGGAAGUGUGCCUGGGCUGAGAGCAUACGAAUCAGAAGACUUGCGUAUUCUUUACUUGACCUGAACCACUCCUCUCCAUGUUCACCUUCCGAUGGGCCGAAAUACUUGACCGUCACUGAAUGUGUACGGCGAGGGAGGAGGUUCUGCUUCGACGACAUUGAUUUACAUAGUGCUGAAAAAGGAGAAAUCGAAAAGGAAGCAGCCUAUCUUCUGGACGGACUUGAAUCUUUCCGGAGGCAAUAUCAUCUUCACCAUCACACGGCCUACGAAACUCCUAUAUUUUGGCGAACAUAUGCAUUAUAUGAGAUCCGCAAUGACUGGUUCGCCACAUAUCAUAAUCCUCCAGCAUUCCAGAAUCACAUCGCUCUGAAAACGUUCCUUGGUUUUAACCGGGGCACUGAUUACAAUACCAUUGAAUGGGACGACAUCCACGCCCUGGCGCAGCUACAAGCAGUGCUGUACUCGUUACGCAUGGUUUAUCAGAUUAUUCAGGGGUUGACGCUUGACCAUAGGGGAGCUCUUAUGCGACUUCGUGUGCUUUUAGCGCGGCUACCACCGCUGCAUGUCUUAAUGAGGCCGUUUCAUGAAGUGAGGCAGGAAUUGUAUGGAUUCGAACCAAAACCGACCACAAUCGCCAAAUAUCCCUCAUGA